AUGCAACGACAAGUAUUUUUAGCUGAUGGAUAUACUUCUAUCACUGUUUAUAGUGAGGUGGAUUUUUCAUUUUUUUUUAAUAAUGUUUAUACAUCAAUUCGAGCACUUAUCGUGAAGAAUCUUUGUGUUAAUUGUAUACUUGGUAUGGAUUAUAUUAUUAAAUACAAAUUAAUUAUCAACACUGCUAAUCGAACAAUAUCGAUAGGUGUCAAGAACUAUCAAUUGACUAUACUUAUUGAUAAUAGUGCAAAGAUUAUCUUUGACACAAUCCCGACAUCAAAACCGUUAUCAAUAGGAAUUUCAGUUGUGAAAACCAAAUCACUCGGCAUACGUAUUGAUUGUUUGGUGGAACAUAUUAAUGAUCAUGAUCAACAACAUCAAGUGAAACAAAUUCUUACUCGUUAUGGCAAAUUAUUUGAUACAAAGAAACCAGCAAUUGCUUCUAAUGUUAAACCCCAUGAAAUAAAAACAACAGAUCACCCACCACCAACGUCAAAGGCUUAUUAUUCUACGCCACGAAAGCAAGAAGCUAUGCAUAAAAUUAUUCAAGAAUUAUUACAAACCGGUCUUAUUCGUCAAUCCUAUUCUAAUUAUGCUGCUCCAGCAAUGCUAGUACCUAAGAAGGAUAGUACUUGGCGGAUGGUAGUUGAUUACAAGAAAUUGAACAACAUCACUAUUAAAGACAAUCAUCCUUUAACUAAUAUGAAACAAAUGAUACAAAUAUUAGGAGAAGGAUAUCAAUUCUUCUCUAAGUUGGACAUGAAAAGUGGCUUUUGGCAAGUUCCAUUUAAAGAAGAAGAUAAACACAAAACGGCAUUUAUUACUCCAUAUGGGCUUUACGAAUGGAAUGUAUUAGCUCAAGGUUUAAAGAAUAGCCCUCUGUCAUUCCAACAAGUAAUGUUAGAUGUAUCAUCUCCGUGCCGACAAUUUUCAUUGGUUUACAUUGACGAUAUUGUGAUAUUUUCCGGCACCUUUGAAGAACAUUUUAAUCAUUUAACUCAAGUAUGUUCUAUUUUAUCCAGUCAUAAUUUACAAUUAAAUUCGUCUAAAUGCUUUAUAUUACAUCGACAAACAGAUUAUUUAUCACAUACUGUUUCACAGUUUGGAGUGAAACUUAAUAAAGAAAAGAUUCAAGCAAUUAUGAAUUUACGUGAACCUACAACAUUAGCAACAGCUAAUAAAUUUAUUGGUGGUAUUUUCUGGUAUCGAAAAUUUAUACCUCAAUUUGCAUAUGUACUAGCACCAAUUAUCUCAGUAACGAACUUAACAAAACCAAAUCGAAAGAAGUUCGUAUGGGGACAUUCUCAACAUGAAGCAUUUCUUCAAUUGAGGCAAUUAUUAAUUAAUCAACCAUCAUUUCUUCAGUUCUCGAAUGAUGAUUACCCGGUAUUCUUAACAACGGAUGCAUCGAAAGUUGGCAUUGAUGGUACAUUACAGCAAGUGAUCAAUGGACAACAGAAUUCUCUUGCUGAUUAUUUAUCUCGUAAUCCAAUACAAUCUGAAACUGAAGAAAUAUUUGCAGAAGAUUAUGGUAUUAGUACAUUAUUUAAUGAGGAACCACCGGUUUCGGCGUCUGUUUCCAUUGAUAAAUAUCUUGUUAUAGGUGCUGUUGUUACACAUUUAUCAUCUCAACUACAAGUUAAUGUACAUACUUGUAAUCAAUUUGAUAUAAAACAAAUUAAAUCGAAACAAGCAAAAGAUCCUGUUAUUCAGAAAAAGGUCAAAGAAAUUCAACAAAAUUCUACACGUGGUUCAUUUGUUUUGCACGAAGGAUUAUUGUAUAAAUUGAUGCCGAUGGAAUUACGAAAUAUUACUAAAAUUAAAUUAAUUUAUAUACCUUCAUCUAUGAUUAAUUCCCUUCUCAAGGCUUAUCAUUCCGAUCCAUUGGGUGGACAUUUUGGAAUACGACGUACGUAUUAUAAAUUAAAGAAUAAAUAUUGGUGGCCGGAUAUGAAACAAUCUAUUGCUCGAUUUAUCAAGUUUUGUUUACCAUGUCAACAGUACAACGUUAGUCGAUCAAAAAGACCUGGUUUACUUUGUCCAAUUGAAACAUCAACUGGACCAUUUCAGUUAAUUGGCAUUGAUUAUUGUGGAGCAUUUAAGCGUACAUCAAGAGAAAAUCAAUAUGUGUUAUGCAUCACUGAUUAUUUUACUCGAUGA